AUGUCGCUGCCUCUCGACCAUCUAAGAAUUUGCGGGAGCUAUGGUAGCCCAGAGUGUGGGAAUGCCGCUGGGAAUGAGGGAUUGAAUAUGACGGGGCUUAAUACGGAGGUAACUCCAGGUAGUUCAGGUGCGAUGAUUGACGGCCAUGCGAAGUGA